AUGCCCCCAUCAUUGGCAAAAGGCGAACCCCAUACCAAUCCACAUUACACUUGUGGAAAGGGUGACUUUAAUGAACCUCCUGGAUGCUUGGAGCUCUAUGACAUCUCGGAUAGUGGUUCUUUCUGUCCACCUUUCCUACCUCAGCCAUCAACAUCAGUAUAUCCCGAGGAGAUGUUGGCGCCGUGGUCCUCGAAGCCCUCCCUGUCAUCCCUCAUUCACGCAGACACAAACAAUGACAGUACUUACACCAGGACUGAAUCCGAAUGCCUAUCCGCUACCUUGUCCAAUGAACAUGGUGACUGGCUCUCUGAAAAGACUCGCCUUCGUCCUCCAAGCCUGCUUCCACCGGCACCACAACUCAUUCGACCUCUAUCAGACACCGGCAAGGUUGAAUGUCGGUUAAUAUCACCAAAGUCAUCCAUGCGUCAUGACUUGAACACAAACUCGACCUCGACAGCGAAGAGCGAACUACUGAACCACUUGACUGCGAAGCUAGGAGAUAUCUCGCUGGAGCAGGAAGCUCUACCAACAUCCCCAACAAGUCCAAUCACCCCGGUUCCAUCUCUGACAAACUCGCGUCACUCUCGUUCAUCCUCUGCCAUAUCUGAAGGCUCUCCUUAUAGAGCUCUUGCCUCCACAAAUGACUGCUAUGAAAUGUUUCUGCCGCAUGAUCCCGACAGCCUUAUGGCACAUCCCAAGAGAACUUAUGAGGCCAACGUCGGUUCUGGUGUCCGCAGCAUCAACCCGCCGCUGCCCAACACUCUUUUGUAUCAGGACAACCAGCUUUGUUGGACCCCUCCGCCCAACAAUCUUCCAAAUCGCUCCAAGAUCCUAACUCUGCAGGCUUUUCCAGAUUCCGAUGUAGGAGCUACCACGGAUCAUUGGCCUCGAAGUUUUGAAGGAGAGAAGGAAGUGUCUUACAUCGACUGGGAUGACGAAGGCGGCCGCAGGCGCUACCAGUCACCGCUCAGGCGCAUUAAGAAGAGCUUUACAGAUCUUCGUGCCGCCGAACGCUUCAUCUCAGAGGCCAAGGUACGCAACAGAAUUUACUUGCCUCGACAUCAGGAUACCACGGAACAUAUGACCAACGCGCAGCGCCAUGAAGUAUGUGAAGCCAAUCAUGUUUUUGCACCCCAUCAGCAAGCCCGUCCCAGUCCUUCAAGUACUCCAAUGCUGAUGGAGGAAGAGAAGACUCUGCCGCGGCCCUCAGCCAAGUUGCGGAAAAAGCCCAGCACCAAAUUCUCCUGCCAAACCCCAUCCAAAAUGACGUCUCGGACAAAAACCUUCAAGCAAAAAAUUGGCAAAGGGAGUGAAAGCACCAAGUCGGAAUGUGCAUUGCUAGCCCCUGCACGAGACACCGGUAUACCUCCCACGCCACCUUCAACAGGGAAGAGGAAACGGGCCAAUACAACGACGUCAGAGCGGUCGAGGGAGGCGCAGACGAAGAAACUAAGACUUGGUGUUGUCGGGAAGUUGGUCACGCGACUUCUGGGGGCCAAGGAGGAGCGUUGA